AUGCCCCCCAAAGACGAGAUGGGUGACAUCCCGGCGCCAGGAGGUGACUUGCUGCACGAGCAAUUCAACAUGACCGACGAUGCAACCAUGCUGGGUCAUGUCGUCCACCGGCUCUUUGAGCAGGCCGCAGACAAGUAUGCGGAAAAGACGGCUUUGGCAUGUUCCGAUGCAAGUCUCUCCUAUCGCGGACUCAACGGUCUCGCCAACCGUCUCGGGCGUGCUCUGCGGUGCCGCGGCGUUCAAAGCGGCCACCUCGUCGUCAUUGCCAUGGAACGCUCUGUCAAUGUCGUUGCCGCCAUGCUAGGCGUCUGGAAAUCGGGUGCCGCCUAUGUCCCUGUCGACAUAGCACUCCCAACGGAGCGCAUUCGGCAAAUGAUCGACGAUGCCGCCCCCAAGAUCAUCGUCACCGACAACUAUCCGCCGGAAGCACUGUCUCGCUGGAAAGACGCGUGUCUUAGCAUCGAAGAUGCACAAAUCGGCCUGGAGCCUGCCGGACCCGAUCUAGGCAUGCCCACCAGAGCGGACGAACCGGCGUACGUCAUGUACACCUCGGGAUCAACGGGUCGUCCCAAGGGUGUCGAAAUGAGCCACGGUUCCGUCGCCAAUUACCUACUCUCCAUGGGGCGACGCGCGCCAGGCUGCUCCGACCAUGAUCGGAUGCUUGCCGUCACUACCAUCUCGUUUGACAUGGCAAUACCGGAACUUCUGGUGCCGCUCCUCUGCGGCGCCACGACCGUCAUCGCCCGGACCGAAGAGGCCCGGGAUGCCGGGGCGCUGCGAUCCCUGAUGAAACGUCACGAGAUCAACGUGAUGCAGGGUACACCGGCGACCUGGCAGCUACUCCUGGACGGCGGGUGGCGUGGCGAACCGCGCCUCAGCAAAGUGUGGACCGCCGGCGAGGCCCUCUCCCGCCGGCUGGCUGAUCGGCUGCUGGCCUACAGCGACUCGGUGUGGAACUUGUACGGUCCGACGGAGACGUCAUACGCGACCGUCGGGCGAGUAUACGGCGGAGAUGAAGACGUGGUAGUUGGUACCCCUAUUGCCAACGCCCAGGUGUACGUCAUGGAUCCUGACAACUUGCCGUCGCUCGCUUCGCUCAACUCCACUGGCGAGUUAUACAUCGGCGGCGCGGGAGUUGCGCACGGCUACCUCAGGAACCCUGGCCUCACGAAGGAGCGUUUUGUCAAAAACCCUUUUGAUGGGGGCGUCAUGUACCGCACUGGCGACCGGGCCUGUUUCGUCGGACCGAACCGUCUGCGCUUGCUGGGCCGCAUCGACGGACAGGUGAAGGUUAGGGGUUACCGAAUCGAGCCGGGCGACAUCGAGGCGGCUAUCACGAAGCAUGCUGACGUUGAUGCUGCGACUGUGGUUCUCCGCGAUGGUCGACUCGUGGCCUACUGCAUUUGCGGCGCCGGUGUGAAGAGAGACGUUGGCCGGCUGCUGCGUCCAUGGCUGGCCGAGGCGUUACCUGCCUACAUGAUGCCUGCCCUCUUCGUUAAAGUCCACGACUUUCCCCUUACGACAAACGGCAAAGUCGAUCGUAAGGCGCUCCCGGACCCGGUAGCAACUGGCGCUUCCACGCCGAUGGAAGCUGAGCUGGCGACUGGCCUGGAAGCGGUCAUCCUGGUCGUGUGGCGACGCGUCCUCGGGCACGAUGGUAUCCAGAUUGACGACAAUUUCUUCCAAAUCGGUGGCGACUCCGCACGAAUCAUCGCUGUUCAGGCGCAGCUGGCAGAGCUGCUUGGCCGACCCGUGUCGACAGCUGCCCUCUUCGACUAUUUUACCGUCCGGACGUUGGCGGCUCAUCUACAGCACAACCCCGGCGAAGAUGGUUCGGCAAAGGCUUCUAGACAGAGCGGCCACGACCAAGCAGAUCUUGCCAUCGUAUCAAUGGCGUGCCGGUUGCCUGGGGGCGUCACCACACCCGAGGACUUUUGGGGCCUACUCGACCGCGGCGGGGACGCCAUCACGGACGUGCCUGUCGAUCGCUGGGACGCAAAUGCCUUGUAUGAUGCAGAUGCCGACGCACCCGGCACUUCGUACUGUCGUCAGGGCGGCUUUGUCGACUCAACAGACUCGUUUGACGCCGGCUUUUUCGGCAUGUCGCCUCGAGAGGCGCGAGGGCUCGACCCUUUGCAGCGAAUCAUGCUCGAAACGUGCUGGGAGGCCAUCGAGAGGGCUGGCUACACGAGCCAUGACCUGCGCGGCAGCAAGACUGGCGUAUUCUUAGGUGUCAGCCACACCGCCGCCGACAACGCCGGUUACGACUCGACGUGCCUCGCCGACCUGGACGGAUACGCCGUGACGGGCUCCGCGGGGGGGACACUCUCGGGCCGUCUGUCCUACGUCCUCGGUCUCGAGGGCCCGGCGCUGACAGUCGACACCGCCUGCUCGUCGGCCCUUGUGGCGCUCGACUUGGCCUGUCACGCGCUGCGCAGGAACGAAUGCGACCUUGCCAUCGUCGGCGGCGUGACCCUACUGAGCGGGCCGGGACUGCACGUGGCAUUCAGCCGGCUCCGGGGCAUGUCGGCCGACGGCCGCUGCCGGGCCUUCGCGGCCGACGCGAGUGGCACUGGUUGGGGCGAAGGUGCCGCCGUCGUCGUGUUGAAGCGCCUACCGGAUGCCCUGCACGACGGCGAUGUCGUCGACGCCGUGGUGCGUGGCGCUGCCGUCAACCACGGCGGACGCGCGGCCGGCCUUACGGUACCCAGCGGUCCCGCCCAGCAGCGGGUGGUGCACGCAGCGCUUGAAGCGUCGGGCCUUGCACCGGCCGACAUCGACUACAUCGAAGCGCACGGUACUGGUACGAAGCUUGGUGAUCCGAUCGAAGGUGAAGCGUUGGCCGCCGUGUUCGGGCCGUCCCGGGCCGAGCGGCCGGAGCCGCUGUGGGUCGGGUCGGCCAAGUCCAACAUCGGCCACACCCAGGCCGCCGCCGGACUUGUGGGCAUUCUCAAGGUUGCGCUAGCAAUGCGGCACGAGAUGAUACCACGCACGCUGCAUGUCACCGAGCCCACGACGGCGGUAGACUGGCAAGGUGCGCGCAUGGCGCCCGUGCAAGUUGCUCGGCCGUGGAAAGCUCGCGUCGAUCGGCCCCGUAGGGCGGGAGUUAGCGCCUUCGGCAUCGGUGGCACGAACGCUCAUGUCGUCGUGGAGGAGGCACCGGCGAGCACAUACCAUUCGCCUGCCAGACAAGUCCCGCUGCCGCACGUGCUACCCCUGUUGGUUUCAGGCAGGACGGCGGCGGCGCUGUCCCAGCAAUCUGACAAGCUCCUCCGAUACCUACGGGAUGCGGUUGAGGCUCGACUCAACGACGUGGCCUUCUCGCUCGCCACGACGCGGGACCAUUUUCGAUUCCGCAAAGUGCUCAUGGCCGCUGACAAGGACGAGCUCCUGAAUUUGCUGGCCGACGUUCCCAACGGGCCGCUGCCGCCGGCGCAUCCUGUGGAGCCACGACUUGCUAUGCUCUUCGCCGGACAGGGGGGCCAAUGGCCAGGCAUGGGUCGUGAGUUGGCCACGCAGUAUCCUGUUUUCCGUCAGGCUCUCAAAGAGAUCGCAUCUCAUUUCAUUCCCUUGUUGGAACGGCCACUUCUCGAUGUCAUGUGGGCGGCGCCCGAUGACAACGCCGCCGCGUUGCUGCAGCGGACGGACUACGCCCAGCCGGCCAUCUUCGCUCUUGAGGUAGCCCUUUGGCAUCUGUGGACCAGCUGGGGCGUGCGACCGACGGUCCUUCUGGGCCAUAGCAUCGGUGAGCUCGGGGUCGCCCAUGUCGCCGGCGUCAUUGAUCUCCCGGACGCCUGCCGGCUGGUCGCGGCGCGAGGCCGGCUGAUGCAAGCCGUGCCGCUCCGGGGUGGGAUGACGUCGCUUGCAGCCAACGCUUGGGAGGUUACCACUGCACUCGAGACCCUGGGACUUAGCAACAAGAUCGAACUCGCUGGCCACAACACCCCGACGCAGACAGUAGCGUCGGGCGAUGUCGAUUCCCUCAAGCGACUGGCGCGCCACUUCGCCGGCCAAGGCCGUGCCACAAAGGCUCUGGCGGUAUCACACGCCUUCCACUCGCACCACAUGGACGGUAUGCUGGACGACCUGCGCGCGGUGGCCCAAACCAUACGUUACCAUCCUCUGACCGGACUUGCCGUCGUCAGCAGCCUCACCGGCUUGAUGGUGGAUGCCGAGGAGCUUCGGCAGCCGGAGUAUUGGGUUCGGCAGGCGCGCGGUGCCGUCCGAUUCUGCGACGCCGUCCGAACGCUCUCUGCAGAGCAGCGCAUCAACGUUUUCCUCGAGCUUGGGCCCCGGCGGGUCCUGGGCCCCAUGGCUGCCGCAACCCUUGGCGCCGCCGGCGAAGCACCGAUAUCGUACAUGGCGUCCCUCGCCCCCGGAAAGCACGUCGUCAUCCAGGAAAGCCUCGCUGCGCUCCACGUGCGUCACGUCCCCAUAGAUUGGCGUGCCUACUUUGCACCCUUUGGCUGCCAACGCGUCGAGUUACCCACCUACGCUUUCCAGAAGGACCCCCUCGGGCCGGUGCGUCGGAUAUCCCUCAAGCCUGUCAUCGCUGGCCCGCCACCAGCCCAGCUCGAGAUGAAAAUGAACUGGCAUCCGGUCGACCGACCUGCCCUGCCUCACCCGAUCCACGACAGUGGUCUUCCAACGCCAGAUUCCGAUAUCCUAUUGGCCAAAGAGAAUGUGGAUGAGGAGAUGGUAUUGGACAUGGUCAGAGAGGCGGCGGCCGAGGCCCUUGGGCUUUCCUCUCCGAACGCGGUUGAUCUCGACGCCGGCUUGCAGGAGCUGGGAAUCGAUUCUUUCACUGCCGUCAUGAUGAGGGGCAAACUUGUUCACCGGACCGGCUUGGCCACAUCGGCCGACGCGAUCGAUGUCCUCUCCAGCGUGAACCUGAGAGUCCUCGGCCAAAACUUGCUCUCUCUGAUGCAGAAGUGCCUGGCUCCAUGCUCACCGUCGACCUCUUUUCCUGGCUUCGGUGAGGAGGCGCUCUUGAGCCGCAGCACGCCGGACAGCACGCCAGAUGUCUGUCCCACUCCCUCCGCUCUCGUCGCUGUCGCUAGUAGCUUUGAUGCCUCGCAUCGCAUCCUUUGCCCCGCCCUGGGACUUGAAUCUUCCAACAUCUCUCCGCAUCUACUCUCGGCUGCGCUGAACCACUUCGACUCGCAAUCCUGGUGUCACGACAUCAUGCACGACGUCUCACCGACGACAGGAGCGCUUCCAGGCUAUGGUCGGGCCAUUGCCUUUAUCCCGCAGGCUUUCAGCCCUGGAGCUUCGUCAAAUCUCCAAUUCAUUGGCAACACGCUUGCAGGUAACAGGGGCGGGACAACACAGCCGCCACUCCCGCACAUGCUAUCUCUAUUUCGCCCGUCCGAUGCUGAUCACACCCGCGAUCCUCUGCGGCCGAUUAACCGCGUCGUAUCACUCUUCGCCCUUGGAAACGGCACGGCUGGUCAUGAGGGGAUUCUGCACGGCGGCCUGACUGCCACUCUUCUGGAUGAAAGCAUCAGCAUUCUUCAUGAGAUCAAUGCCGCACUGGCGAAAUCGGGUGCCGCGUUUGCGGGAGCGAAUGUUACGGCGUCGCUGACAGUCAAGUUUCUGGCUCCCAUUGCCACCGCGGAGCCGGCUCUUUGCGUGACAGUCUGGCUGGAGGAGGUACAGGGGCUCUACACAACCGUGAAAGCGGAACUUACCAAUUCUAGAGGUCAAAGGCUCGCGGCAGCGGAGAGCAAGUAUGCGGCGGUGGAGGGAUAA